GGUACAAUUUAUUUUCUUCGCCAGUUUCCAUUUUCCCUCUUACUUUCUCUCUUCUCUAAGCUGAUCCCUCAAUUUCACUUCCCAUUUUGUUCCCAAAAUAUCUUCCAAAUUAACUCAAAUUUCUUAAUCCAUGACUGUUAUUACUCCAGCAUCUAACGAUAAAGAAGACGAGGAGAUGGUGGUUCCACGUACUGAUUUGCCUGUUGAAGGUCCUCAGCCAAUGGAAGCACAAGCAGAAACCGGAAAUGAUGGGGAAAAUCAGCAACAAGAGGAUCCCCAAACAUCAAGGUUUACGUGGAAGAUAGAGAACUUCUCUAGGUUGAAUGUGAAGAAGCUCUACUCCGAUGUUUUUGCUGUUGGAGGCUAUAAAUGGCGGAUUUUGAUUUUCCCGAAGGGCAACAAUGUUGAUUACUUGUCUAUGUAUCUGGAUGUUGCUGAUUCAGCUACUUUACCUUAUGGGUGGAGUAGAUAUGCCCAGUUCAGCUUGUCAGUAGUUAAUCAAAUUGAGAGCAAUUACUCAAUCAGAAAAGAGACACAACACCAAUUCAAUGCUAGGGAAAGUGAUUGGGGUUUCACAUCCUUUAUGCCACUUGCUGAUCUAUAUGAUCAAAAAAGAGGUUAUCUUGUUGAUGGUGUGUGCGUCAUUGAAGCUGAGGUUGCGGUUCGAAAAAUCAUUGAUUAUUUGUCGUAUGACUCGAAAAAGGAAACUGGUUUUGUUGGACUCAAGAAUCAAGGAGCUACCUGUUAUAUGAACUCUCUGCUCCAGACGCUCUACCAUAUUCCUUACUUCAGGAAGGCUGUAUACCACAUGCCUACAACUGAGAAUGAUAUGCCGUCUGCAAGCAUCCCCCUGGCCUUGCAAAGUUUAUUCUAUAAGCUCCAAUACAGUGACAACAGUGUAGCAACAAAGGAGUUGACAAAGUCAUUUGGGUGGGACACAUAUGAUUCCUUCUUGCAGCAUGAUGUGCAAGAGCUCAAUAGAGUUCUAUGUGAAAAGCUUGAGGAAAAGAUGAAGGGAACCGUUGUGGAGGGAACCAUACAACAUUUAUUUGAAGGGCACAAUAUGAACUAUAUUGAGUGUAUCAAUGUGGACUACAAAUCUACGAGAAAGGAGUCAUUUUAUGAUCUUCAGCUUGAUGUCAAAGGCUGUUCUGAUAUUUAUGCUUCUUUUGAUAAAUAUGUCGAAGUUGAACGUCUUGAUGGUGAUAACAAGUAUCAAGCAGAGCAACAUGGUUUGCAGGAUGCUAAGAAGGGUUCAUUGUUUAUUGAUUUUCCCCCCGUCCUGCAGCUUCAGUUAAAGCGCUUUGAAUAUGAUUUUAUGCGAGACAUUAUGACAAAGAUUAAUGACCGAUAUGAGUUCCCUUUGCAACUUGAUCUGGACAGAGAGAAUGGUAAAUACUUGUCACCUCAGGCUGAUAAAAGUGUCAGAAACCUUUACACACUUCACAGUGUAUUAGUCCAUAGUGGUGGUGUGCAUGGUGGACACUAUUAUGCUUUCAUACGGCCUACUCUUUCAAACCAGUGGUAUAAAUUUGAUGACGAAAGAGUGACCAAGGAAGAUGCAAAAAGGGUAUUAGAAGAGCAGUAUGGUGGUGAAGAGGAGUUGCCACAGACAAAUCCUGGAUUCAACAAUACACCCUUUAAAUUUACGAAGUACUCAAAUGCUUACAUGCUGGUCUAUAUACGAGAAAGUGACAAAGAGAAAAUAAUGUGUACUGUUGAUCAAAAGGACAUAGCUGAACACCUGAGGGCAAGGUUGAAAAGAGAACACGAGGAUAAAGAGCAGAAGAAGAAGGAAAAAGCAGAGGCACACCUUUACACAAUUAUAAAGGUUGCUCGUGAUGAAGACCUGCGGAAGCUGAUUGGAAAGGAUAUAUAUUUUGAUUUGGUGGAUCAUGAGAAAGUUAAGAGCUUUCGCAUUCAAAGCCAGACACCUUUUAGUGUUUUCAAGGAGGAGAUCACAAAAGAGUUUGGUGUACCAGUGCAAUUUCAACGUUAUUGGCUCUGGGCAAAGCGUCAGAAUCAUACGUAUCGUCCUAAUCGGCUAUUGACACAGCUUGAAGAAGCUCAAACUGUUGGACAAUUGAGGGAAGUAUCCAAUAAGGUUCAAAAUGCAGAGCUAAAAUUGCUUCUGGAAGUAGAGUUGGGACCGGAACUAACGCCCCUCUCUCCACCGCAAAAGACCAAAGAUGAUAUCCUGCUUUUUUUCAAGCUUUAUGAUCCUGAGAGAGAAGAACUGCGGUAUGUUGGAAGACUCCUUGUGAAGGGAACCAGUAAGCCAACUGAAAUCUUAAGCAAACUAAACGAAAUGGCUGGCUAUGCCCCUGAUCAAGAGAUUGAGCUUUAUGAGGAAAUAAAGUUCGAACCAAGUGUCAUGUGUGAAAACAUUGACGAGAAAUCCGCUUUUCGAUCGAGCCAGCUUGAGGAUGGUGAUAUAGUAUGCUUUCAAAAAUCUCUAACGGCUGAAAGUCGUCAGCAAUUCCGUUAUCCUGAUGUUCCUUCAUUCCUGGAGUAUGUUCACAAUCGCCAGGUUGUUCACUUCCGAUCUUUAGAUAAACCCAAGGAGGAGGAUUUCUGUUUAGAGCUGUCUAGGAUCAGUACAUAUGAUGAAGUGGUGGGAAGAGUAGCUCGACAACGCAACUUGGAUGAUCCCUCCAAAAUUAGGCUCACAUCCCACAACUGCUACUCUCAGCAACCUAAACCUCAGCCAAUAAAAUACCGGGGGGUAGACACCCUUGCAGAUAUGCUGGUGCACUACAAUCAGACUUCUGAUAUUUUGUACUAUGAAGUACUGGACAUUCCCUUGCCAGAACUGCAAGGUUUAAAAACCCUAAGAGUAGCUUUUCAUCAUGCUACCAAAGAUGAAGUGGUCAUUCACACGAUGAGACUGCCAAAACAAAGUACUGUGGGUGAUGUAAUUAACGAUCUAAAGGGAAAGGUUGAGUUGUCGCAUCCAGAUGCAGAGCUAAGAUUGCUAGAGGUAUUCUACCAUAAGAUUUACAAGAUAUUCCCGACUACAGAGAAGAUAGAAAACAUAAAUGACCAGUACUGGACGCUAAGGGCCGAAGAGAUACCUGAAGAAGAGAAAAAUCUUGGCACACAUGAUCGUUUGAUUCAUGUAUACCACUUUAAUAAGGAGGCAGCACAAAACCAAAUGCAAAUUCAAAAUUUUGGGGAACCAUUUCUUUUGGUUAUCCACAAGAGUGAGACAUUAGCUGAAGUUAAGGUGCGUAUACAGAAGAAAUUGCAGGUCCCAGAGGAAGACUUUGCUAAGUGGAAAUUUGCAUUUCUUUCGCUUGGUCGCCCUGAGUACCUUGAGGACUCGGACAUCUUGUCCAGUCGUUUCCAGCGAAGGGACUCCUGUGGUGCUUGGGAGCAGUAUCUUGGAUUGGAGCAUGCUGACGGUGCUCCUAAAAGGACUCACGCAGCACAUCAGAAUCGCCACUCUUAUGAGAAGCCUGUGAAAAUAUACAACUAGUGACACAGCAGAAAUGAAGAUUAAAUUCCACUAAUAAUGAUUGCACUUCUCGCCAAGGCCAAGCAUAUGAAGUCAGUAGCAGCAGUGCCACUCGUUUGCUAAAUACAUGUUGAGUCUGUACAGGUUUUAUUCUUGUUCCAGGAGCAUCUGUUUCUUAUAUGGAUGUGAAGUGUGGUUCAGAUGCAGCAUCCAUAUGCCAUGACUUAAUCUCAUCUGCAAACUAUGACUAAUCUCUGUUCAUGCAACUGUAAGUCACACGAAUGUGCAAAAUUUUGAACAAUCGAAUGUAUAAAUCGUAUAUAGUGUUUUGAUUCAUUUCUGGCUUUAUCUGAUCUCCUCGGUGUGCAUCUGGGAUAACAGUACAAGCUAAAGCUAUCAAUUGUACUUCUAGUAGAGAUUUUGAAGACAUUGCCUUCCAACGUUGUAACGAGUAAGAAAGUUUGAAAAUUCUUGAAACUGUAAUAAUCUGAGCAUUGGAGAGUGAAAUGCUGGUUAUUUCAUGC